AUGACCGCCACCACCGUCCCCGUCAUCGCCAACGUGGCGCAGCAGAUCGAGAUCGACGUCGACACGCUCGAUGUGGCGCUCACGCAGCAGCUCAAGUCGCUCGGCGUGCAGCCUCACGACAUGACCUCGAACCAGUUCAUCGUCGCCGAUGCACUCGCGCUCGAGCCCAACCAGCUCAUCCUCGAACAGGUCAUCCGCGAGAGCCCAGACGCCGACUGGCUCACCAUCCUCGACCGCGUCAGUGUCCGCCUUUGCUCGCUCAACCUGCCCAACAUUGCCGGACGUGCGUUGCUGCAGGCGUCGCCCGCCAACGCGUACAACGCCGAGGGCAUUGUCAACCAUGCGCUCGCCUACUGCCGCGAGUUCGAGGCGGUGGGUAUCUCCAAGGACCGAUUCUGCAUCAAGAUCCUCACCACCGGCCCCGGUAUGCUUGCCGCCCAGAUCCUCGAGAAGCAGCACGGCAUCAGCACGCUCGGCACGGGUCUCUUCUCGGUUCCGCAGGCGCUCGCCGCGGCUCAGGCUGGAUGCCUCUACAUCUCGCCGUACUUUAACGAGAUCCUCGCGCACUUUACACCGGUGCCCGAGCGUCUGGUGUACGAGGUGCCGGAGAAGCAGCACCCCAUGUCGGCGCGUAUGGCGCACAUCUACCAGGCGUACCGCGAGCUGGUGCUUGCCGGCAAGUGCGCGCAGCCACCGGUGAUCAAGUCGGCGAGCUUCAUCGCGAUGAACGAGGUGCUGGCCAUGCCCGCGCUCGGCUCGCAGCAGGCCACCAUCCUGGCGCCGACGCUCGUCGAAAUGUGCUCGCUCCAGACCGCUGCUGCGCCUGCUGGGGCGUACAAGCCCAGCAAGACCUACUCGCUCGAGCUGCCUGCCACUACGCUGCCCCUGCUCAAGCUCGACCCGCUGCGCGAGGAUGGCAAGGCCCAGACAUUCGACCUCGCCGUCGACUACCUCGCCAACAACGCUGCUGAGCUCGAGAGCGCGAUUCAGCAGGAUCCCGAGACGGCAAGGAGGAUCAAGGACGCCGUCGAGGUCUUCCAGAAGGCCGAGCUCCAGGCGCGCGCGCUCAUCGAGACCGCCAUGGCCAAGGUCAAGGCUUCCGCUUGA